AUGAAUGACAUAUUCUCAAGGACAGCUGAUAUGCCUAAAAUUAAAAUAAAUCUCAAUCAAUAUGGUCAGCCUGUAGGAGAUGAUUAUAGGAAGUUUGCUAGUGCCAUUGGCUGUCAAGUGAGAAAGAAAUUACCAGUUGGAUUUAACGAUUGGAGGGUUGUUCCCCUUGGAAAGAAGCUUGAAGUUUGGGAUAACUUGCAGGGUAAAGCACUUGGACGUCCCCCUCGAAGAGAUGAAGUGUAUAUUAAUACACAUACAAGAAGGAAUGGUGUGCCUUUAAGGGAGGCAGCAGGAACGAUUGAUGAGCUUAAAGCCAUUGUUGAAGCUCAACCAGAGUUGAAGGAUAAAACAAUUCAAGAAGGCGAUGCGUAUGCUGCUGUUUGCGGAGCAAAGGAGCUAAGAGGACGUGUUCGUGUUUUGGGUCUGGGACCAACUCCCCAAGAGGUUGGUACCCCAGGGCUCAAAGCACUCAUGUCAACAAGGAUGCAAAUGGAAAUUGUUGCUCGACAGAAUGCUGAAAGUAAGAACAGAGCUCUUGAGCAACGUAUUUUGGAAUUGGAAGAGGAAAGGUUGGCACAAGGAAGGACAAAUGUUGAAGUCCUGCCACAGCAUGGUUCUAAUUCAAGACAAUAUGCGGUAUAG